GAUAUUGUGGAAGGAUAUUGUGGAAGGAUAUUGUGGAAGGGUAUUGUGGAAGGAUAUUGUGGAAGGAUAUUGUGGAAGGAUAUUGGUCGAGAAUAUUUGUUUUGCUAAAUGUGUUUUCCCACCUAUUUCAUCAAAUCAUCUUUCACUAAGUAGACAUAUUCUGGUCACCUGUGAUUGAACAUGUUCUAAAUGCUGCUUUGAGUUCCAGUAAUAACAGGUCUGUGAUUGGCCCCCAUCAUGUCCACUGAUUUCUCUCAAUAUGGUUGUCCUCAGUAAAGAGGACCAGUACUCCAUCAACCACUCUCCGGUCAAAACAGACAAAUCACUAGAGGACGUGUUGGGGAACCUCAACAUCACCUCAACCAUCACCCCACAGAUGAUCAACCUCGGCCUCUCACAGGAGUUGGUGGGUGAGGUGUGGCGCCAGCAGACGGUGUUCAGGCUGCUGCAGCUGAUAGAGCUCCCCCUUCUGGAGAGUCUGUUGGAGGGAGAGGAGCGACCCAGGCCCCCUCUACACAGCAUGGACAGUGACCCAGACCUGCUCUACACAUCCAGCUACCUGGACAGAGAGGUCCUGAAGGCCUUCAGCGAAGCACAGGCUGAUGAGUGGUGUCGGGCGGCGGUGGACUGUCUAGAGUUCCUGCCAGAUGACUUGGUGGUUGAGGUGAGCAGGGGUCUGCCCCGCCGCGGUGAGGACCAGGGCCAGUGUAAGAGACUGGUGUAUGGGAUCCUGGUCCAGCACUAUGGAGAGACACAGCACCCUCCACUACUCAGCAACCACGUCUUCGACAUCCACUCCAGCAUCUCUGAACUACUGGUGAAUGGGAAGAGGGAGCAGGCUCUGGAGGCCCUACAGCUGUGUCUGAAACUACAGGACUCUCGCAGUAAAGAGGAGCUACGCAGACUGCUGCGAUUCAUGGCCGUCGCUGCCAAACCGCAGGAGGUCAAACUGCACAAAGAGGUAGAGAACAGGAUGGCGGUGAAGAGAUCUUUCUCUAGUGCCAUCGUCUACAGCAUGAGACUGGCCAAGGGGAAGGUUGACCUGCUGGUGCUGUUUAUGGUGGAAAACCACUGUGACGUCUUCAAGGUGUGUGUGCACUCAUCUUUUAUCAGACUGUGUGUGAAUAGGUGAACAGGUAGGCGUGUG